ACCUAAUAUUCAAUUAAAUGAAUAUAAAAAUCGACAAAAUAUCAACUCAUUUAGCGAAAUCACACCAUCAUCCCCGCUUUACAUACCAGAUGAACUAGCAGCUCUAAAUAAGUUUUAUGUACAAUCAAAUGAAAUCAAUGAAGGUCCAUCAAAUAAGCUAAAAAAUAAAAAUCAACAAAAUAUAAAUUCAUUUAGUGAAAUCACUCCGUCAUCCCCAAUUUAUUUCCCUGAUAAAUUUAUAGAUAUAAGACAAA